CUUCCCUCAGUCACCGGAGUUCCGGACGGAGUUUAGUCGAGGCGCCGAGCCCCGAACCGGGCUAAUUAUGGUCGAAACAACUGGACUUUCCUUCACAAACUCGGCUCAAGCCGCAGAACCGGACUCUGUAACGUCGACUUUUUGAGACGAGCUGUCCUUCUAAAAGGCUAUUUCUUUUUAGUCAGGCAAAGCAGCGAGCCGGCUAACACGCUAAUAAGGCGCUGUUAGCUCGAAGCUAACUCCGUCUGAAAAGGGAAGUGAAGUGAAGUGAAGUGAAGUGAGGAGGCGUUUUCUCUAACUUGGCUAACGUUAGCUCGCCUAGCACAGCAACCACACACCCACUCGAGUGUUGUGAAAACUAAUCCUGGCUAAGCUGAGGAGGAUUUUUAUUCAGCAAGAACUGAACCUUUGUGUUAGCUACCGGUAACAUUAUUCCGUCAGUGUUGUAUUGCUACCUCAGAGAGCGUCCUAAUUAGCGUAACGAGUUACGUUAAAAGCGUAGCCGAUUGUUGUUGGUAGGAUAUUGAGGUUCUGGAGGAAGUGGAAGUCCAUUACCAUGGUGUUCAAGUGACUUCUUGGAGGAUAAAAAAAAGGGGUGGAAAUGAGUCGAUAGAUAGAUAAAUAGAGAGAAGGGUGAAGUGUUGGUUUUCGUUUGGAGAGGAUUAUUGGAUUGAUUGAUAGAAGCGAGAAAGAAUGAAGAAGUUUUCACGCAUGCCGAAGUCAGAGAGCGGAGGACUGGGAGGUGGUUCGGGCUCUGGUUCCGGUAGCGGAGGCAGCAACUUCAUCGGGAGAGUGUUCGCUAUCGGGAGGUACCAGGUCACCGUGGACGAGCUCAUUGCUGAAGGGGGCUUCUCCAUGGUGUUCCUGGCACAUACCCACAGUGGAGUACGAUGUGCUCUGAAGAGGAUGUAUGUGAACAAUGUGCCUGAUCUGAACAUCUUCAAGCGAGAGAUUAUGAUCAUGAAAGAGCUGUCAGGCCACAAAAACAUCGUGAGCUACCUGGACUCUAUCAUCAACACAGUAGGAGACAGUGUGUGGGAGGUUCUCAUCCUUAUGGAGUAUUGUAAAGCGGGUCAGGUAGUAAAACAGAUGAACCAGCGGCUGAACGGUGGCUUCACGGAGGCUGAGGUUCUCACCAUCUUUUGCGACGCCUGUGAGGCCGUGGCCAGACUGCACCAGUGCAAAACGGCAAUCAUCCACAGAGACCUGAAGGUGGAAAACAUCCUCUUGAACGACCAUGGGAACUACGUGCUGUGUGACUUUGGAAGUGCCACCCACAAAGUGUUGCACCCACUCAAAGAUGGCGUGACUGCAGUGGAGGAUGAGAUUAAGAGGUACACAACCCUGUCAUAUCGAGCCCCAGAGAUGAUUAACUUGUACCAAGGGAAAGCCAUCACAACUAAGGCUGAUAUCUGGGCACUUGGAUGCUUGUUGUACAAGCUGUGUUUCUUCACACUUCCAUUUGGGGAGAGUCAGGUCGCCAUAUGUGACGGAAUCUUCAGCGUUCCAGAUAGCUCAAAGUUUUCCUCCAAACUGCACUGCUUAAUCAGAUAUAUGUUGGAGCCGGAUCCAGAGAAAAGACCAGACAUCUAUCAAGUCUCUUACUUUGCCUUCAGAUUAGCUGGAAGAGAGUGUCCAGUGCCAAAUCUAUUCAAUUCCCCCAUUCCCACCUCACUGCCAGAGCCACUUACGGCCAGUGACAUUGCUGCUAAGAAGAGCCAGACGAAAGCCAGAAUAACAGAUUCUGUCGGGCCCACGGAAACCUCCAUUGCUCCGAGGCAAAGGCCAAAAGCAGCCAACAGUAAUGUGCUGCCACUGCCCAACUCGGUAACUCCUGUGAAAAUGAGCGUCCCACCCGGGACAGUCAGCAACGGCCAGAAACCCCAAGGAAACGGGCAGCAGGCAGCUGCGCAGAUUCAGAGCAGCAAUCAGCACAACCGAGUGUUACAGCAGCUGCAACCUGGGGACCUGAGACUGCAACAGCUCCAUCAACAACAACAUAACCUGCACCACCAGCAACAAGUCAGUCCACAGCAGCUGCAGUACAUACAGCAGUAUCAGGCCAUGCAGCAGAGCCUCCAGAUGCAGCAGCAACAGCAGCAUAUGCUUCACCAACAGAUGCUGAUGCAGCAGUCCAUGUAUCAACCACAGCAGCAGCAUUAUGCAGCUCUGAUCCAUCAGUAUCAGCAGGCGUUUGCUGGCCAGCAGCAGUGUGCGCCAACACAGCAAGUCCCCUACGGUUCCCCUCUAGAGUUUCAGGCAUCACUGAGCACCUACAACCCUCCUGUACCUUCACCUGUGGAUGCUCCUUUCAGCAAUACCAGAAUGACCGUGCCUAGUUCAGAGCUGGUCAGUCCAUCUCUUCAACCUGUCAGCAACCCUCCUGACAUGUCUCGCUGGAACCCGUUCGGAGAGGACAACUUCUCCAAGCUCACUGAAGAGGAGCUGUUGGACAGAGAGUUUGACCUUCUCAGAACAACAGAUAAACGAGCGGAGAAAGCGGCAAGCUUGCAGGCUGGUGGCACGACCCUGCUGCCAGAGGACCCAUUCGGUUCUGUGCCCUUUGUGGCCAACGCAGGACCGAGUCUUCAUACAGAGCAACAAAACACAGAGUCUGGUGUUGCCACUGAUGUACUAUCUGCUCUUGAAGAGGAGGUCCAACUACCAAUUACUAAGGAACAGAAGCCUGUGAAAAAAUCCAGCCCCUCUGGCCCACUGCCUCAUAAAACGGGGGAUGAGUCAGAGAGCGACUUUGAGUCAGAUCCUCCCUCACCCAAAAGCAGCGAAGAUGAGGAGGGGGAGGAAGAAGAAGGCCUCAACAGUGAGCAUGAAGACACCGAGCCUGAGAACCUGGGCCAGAGGCCACUGCUUAUGGACUCUGAGGAAGAGGAGGAGGAGGACAAACACAGUUCUGACUCCGACUGUGACCAGAGGAAAGCAAAAGUCAGUACUCGGAGACUUCCAGGAGACAAGCUUUCUGUACACACUAAGGGAAGUGCUAGAGCUGAACCUGGAACCAAUCUGAUCACCCCUCCUGACUCACCUGGUGUUGCCAUGACCAGUGCAAGUGAAGUGGAUGUAUUUGGUGCAGUACCCUUCAUCGGUGGUAGUCAGUCCAGAACGCCACCGGAGAGCAUAGAUGUUUUUGCCAAGGCCCCUUUCAGACAGGCAAGCCAGGAAAAUACCACAGAAGAGUUAGAUGUCUUCACCAAAGCACCCUUUAACAGGAAUCUUUCCAAGUCAAGCAGGAGCAGUGAUGCUCCCACAGGACAGACACCCCCAGUCUCUCCAGCAAGUGUAGAUGUUUUUGGCUUCUUGCCCUUCCAACCCACCCACACCAUGUCCACCUCCAGAAGCCAGGAAGAUAUCUUUGGCCCAGUGCCUUUUGAAGAGGCCCAAAGCCCCCAGCAGCAGAAACUAAAGCAGCGGAGCCUUCAGAAACUCUCCUCACGCCAGAGGCGAACCAAACAGGAGGCCAGCAGCGGUAAUGGAAAGCGCCACCACAGUACCCCAACAAGUGGCCGGAAGAGCAACAAGCCCAAUUUCCGUACACCAGAGCGUGCACGGCGGCACAAGAAAGUGGGAAGAAGGGAUUCGCAAAGUAGCAAUGAGUUCCUUAGUGCCUCCAAAGAGAACAUCAGUAUCAGCAUGGGGGAAGUGAAAGAGAAAGGGGCAUCUUUGCCUUCUGAUGAUGCCAUAUUGGAUCCCUUUGGCGCCAAGCCUUUUCAUCCACAAGACGGUGUUCGGCAUGGACAGCACCCAGGUCUGGGGGACAAUAAAAGUGAUGUCAACUCAACCAAUGGCAGAUCCCGGACUGGCUCUCUGCAGACCACGUUUGAUGGGAACAAGAUGGAUGACUUUGGGGCUGUGCCCUUCACUGAAAUGGUGAUCCAGAGCAGGCCUCAGCAGCCCCCGCAAAUGGAUCUUGACCCCUUUGGAGCCGCACCUUUUCCGUCAAAGCAGUGAAUGUCUCGUCUUCCGGCACACGCAGAGUGCACUUGCACAAAUGUUGCUACAUUAUGCAAAGUCAAAAUGACCCUUUGAAAUUUACCUAACAGAUGGCAGCUGUGUGGUGCGAUCUCGGGCUCUGGGCCCAGCAGAUCACAGGCCUUUGUUUUGGUUGAAAACCAUGUUACAGCUUUUUAAACGAUUAACACCUAACUUGACAUUGGAGUAACUUUCCCCCCCCCCCCCCCCCCUCCCUCCCUGAACUUGACUUGAAUCUGUGUAUGGAUUGAUUUUAAGGCUUUUUUUUUUUGCAUUACCUGAUUGCUGAGAAGCCGAUUAUGCUGCAUCACACUGUUCUCCAAGAAAACGUUAGCAAAAAGGUGACGAGAUCCUUUGUUUUUUGUUAGAGCCCAGAUUUUAGCAAUGAAUUAAUCUACAUGCGUGCUCAAUCACGGACCACCAAAUUAUUAACGGUCCUCAUGUAGGUUGUUGCUUCCUGCACGAUCUACUUGAUAGGUCGGUUUCACACCAUAUUGCCUUAUAUGGGUAUGCUUCACCCUGCUUUAUUGUACCUCAAAUACACAAAUGGCUGUUUUGGUGCCUUUGUGUCAACAGAAUCAUUUCUGUGUAGGCCUUCUUCAUUCUUAUUUUACGUACCAUUUUCUAUGCAUAGUGCCCCAUUUUAAGUGCAUUUAAAUGGUUACCAUUGUUUUUCUCCCAAAAUCCUAGACAAAAAAAAAAAAAAGCACCCAAUAAACUGAUUAUGUUUUAGCUUUAUACCAUGAAAGAACUUUCAAGUGGUUUGGGUUUGGUACUGGAAAGUUUCACACAAAACCUGAUAAUAACCAGAACGUUAGUCUUGCACAAACACUUUUGAAGUCAACCUACAGUACAAUCAUGGACAGGCCUCUUCAAAAAGGGAAAGGACAUGUAGUUUGUACUUUUUUGAAUGUAUUUUGUUCAGUUUUCAUUUGUACAGAAAAGUCUUGAAUUCAACUAACAAAAAGAAAACAAUUUAACUGGAAAUGAAAUGAGGAGAGGGCGUGUUUUACAGUACAUACAACUGGGACAAAGACUUUUCUAGCACUUGGGAUACCGUCACUGACUGACUACAACGUUUUUAGCUUCUUUUAUCAAAUCAAUCAGUUGACCAACUAGCAUUGCAAUAUUUACUGUCUCUAUUUUUCUUAUUUGUUUGAUUUGUCUUGCUACACUGCUCUAACAAUGCAAUAAAAUAUUGAAUUCUUA